UCUGCAUCUGUUCACAGUCAUGGCAUCACUUCCACUCAUCUGUCCAUUCGUCCCGGCGUCAUGUGAGAAGGGACCGCGGUGGUUUCUCUCGCCGUAGACCGGACCCUCCUCCACCGCGUUCAUUCGUCAGAGCUGACGUCCUCGCAGCGGUUCUGCCCCGCGGUGGGGUAGUGUCUCUGUCCCCCGUUGUGCGCUGCCCGCCGUCGAUCCAGCACCGGCGGAGGAUGAGCGAGCAAGGCAAGGGCUCGGCAUCCGCCUCUGCCGCCUCGGCCCCGGCGGCGCCAGGGUCUGACACUUACAAAGGCUGGCUCUUCAAAUGGACCAACUACUUGAAAGGCUACCAGCGGCGGUGGUUUGUCCUCAGCAAUGGCCUGCUCUCCUAUUACAGGACGCAGGCGGAGAUGGCGCACACAUGUCGUGGAACGAUAAACCUGGCCACGGCUCACAUCGACACAGAGGACGCCUGCAACAUUGUCCUGAGCAGUGGCGGCCGCACAUACCACCUGAAGGCGAGCACCGAAGUGGAGCGGCAGAGAUGGGUCACGGCACUGGAGUUAGCCAAAGCCAAAGCCAUUCGCAUGAUGAACGAUCAGUCAGAUGACUCGGGUGACGAGGAGCCCACAUCCCAGUCAGACCGGAGCGAGAUUCAGGGAACCCUGAAGAUACUCGUCAGCAAGCUCGACGACCUCAGCACAUGCAACGACCUCAUCGCCAAGCAUGGUGCGGCCCUGCAGCGCUCGCUAAGUGAACUCGAGGGUCUGAAAAUCCCAGUGGAAGGAGGGGAGAAGUUCAAGGCAGUCAACGAGCGAGCCACACUCUUCCGAAUCACUUCCAAUGCUAUGAUCAAUGCGUGCCGAGACUUCUUGGAUUUAGCAGAGACUCACAGUAGGAGAUGGCAGCGGGCGCUGCAGUAUGAGCGGGAGCAGCGUGCUCACCUAGAAGAAACCAUUGAGCAACUAGCCAAGCAGCAUAACAGCCUGGAGCGAGCGUGGAGAGAAGCGCCCACGCUUGUGUCCAGCACACCCAGUGCCCCGACCACCAACAAGGGAAGCGAGAGGCCGCUCAAAGAAGAGGCGAGUGAUGAAGAUGAGGAUACUGAGUUUUUUGAUGCCAUGGAGGAUUCCCCUGCGUUUAUCACAGUGACGACCACUGAGAAUAUACAGCACAGGCGUUCUCAGAGCAAUUUGAGCGGAGCAAGUUCAGGUCACCCCAACGAUUGGAACCAGGACGACCAUAUGUCUCCAGGCUGUAACGAUGUGUCAGGGAAGGAGCUGCAGCCUCGCAGACAGAGGCGGACUCAUAUCCCAGCCAAGCCCAACUACUCCCUCAAUUUAUGGAGCAUCAUGAAGAACUGCAUUGGCAAGGAGCUUUCAAAAAUCCCCAUGCCUGUAAACUUCAAUGAGCCCCUGUCAAUGCUGCAGCGUCUCACUGAGGACCUUGAGUAUCAUGAGCUUCUGGACAAGGCAGCACGUUGCGACUCCUCCCUGGAGCAGAUGUGCCUAGUUGCCGCCUUCUCUGUCUCUUCCUACUCCACCACGGUUCAUCGGACAGCCAAGCCCUUCAACCCACUCCUGGGCGAGACCUACGAGCUCGAUCGCCUGGAAGAGUUCGGCUACCGCUCUUUGUGUGAGCAGGUAAGCCAUCACCCCCCUGCUGCUGCACAUCAUGUGAUUUCCCAACAAGGCUGGACCCUGUGGCAGGAAAUUACCAUUGCCAGCAAGUUCCGUGGCAAAUACCUCUCCAUAAUGCCUCUGGGUACCAUUCACCUGCAUUUCCACUCCAGUGGGAACCACUACGUAUGGAGAAAGGUCACCUCCACGGUGCACAACAUUAUCGUGGGCAAGCUGUGGAUUGACCAGUCGGGGGACAUUGAGAUUGUAAAUCACAGGACAAAAGAGACCUGCCAACUCAAGUUUUCUCCCUACAGUUAUUUCUCCAGGGACGUUCCUCGUAAGGUGACAGGUGUGGUGGCUGACAGUGAUGGUCAGGCUCACUACAUCCUCUCUGGUACGUGGGAUGAUAAGAUGGAGAGCGCCAAGAUCGUUCAGAGCAGCCGAGGAGGCAGCGGAUCUGAGGGCAAGCAGAAGACCGUCUAUCAGACGUUGUCCCCCAAACUGCUCUGGAAGAAAUACCCUCUCCCGGACAACGCUGAGAACAUGUACUUCUUCUCUGCACUGGCAUUGACCCUGAACGAGAUGGACGACGGAGUGGCACUGACGGACAGCCGCCUGAGACCAGACCAGAGGCUGAUGGAGGACGGUCGAUGGGACGAAGCGAACUCAGAAAAACAGAGGCUGGAGGAGAAACAGAGAGCAGUGAGAAGGAGGAGGGAAGCAGAGGCCUCAGACGCCAUGGAUGAUGAGUGUGAAUAUGACUCUGGGAAAGAAUACGAAGGCUACCAGCCGCUGUGGUUUCACCAGAGGAGGAACUCCCUCACCGGAGAGACCACCUUUGUGUAUAAGGGAGGUUACUGGGAGGCGAAGGAGAGACAGGACUGGAACAUGUGUCCUGACAUCUUCUAAGCCAGGGACUGACUCCAGAUCUCACCCAACCUCAGCAGACAGGGAACUGCUCAGGCUUAUGAGCACCAUAUGGACCUUUGUGAGCAAGUGAACAUGUAUGUUUCACACACUCUCGGAUUACACUGUACCUCCAAAUGUAAAACCCCUCACUCUGUUUUUACUAUGGGGACAAAGAGAGGCGUCCUCUGAAUCGUCCUCUUUGACACUGUACUGAAACAGCAGUGAGGCAAAGUGUGAAUGUGACCUCACACGACAAAGGCACCCGUGCACUCCCGAAACACCAGGUGCUCUGUAAAUCCUACCCACAGUGCACUUUUCUGUGAUCACACGAUGAUGACAGAGUUUUACCAAUUGGAUAGAAGCCCAUAUCACAGCAGCUCACAAGUAUGUAGACUCCUAACAGAUACAAAAUCAUAGAAACACAACAGUAUUUUUGGUGAUUAGAUAAAACUCGUAAUUUUUUUUAAUAUUAUGCUAGGCCUUCUUUAUACAUUUUAAAGUUUAAUUUCCUCUUUCUCUUCACAGGAAAUGCACAUUUAAACCCUAUUGGUGACUUUAAGAAGGAGGUUAACACCUGGAUAUGGAGUAUGAACAUUUUUUGUCUGUUAAAUAAGAAAUUAUGGAAACCCAAAAUGUUAGAAAUGAAACAAAAUGUAGCAUCAAUAAUAACUACAGUUAUAUAAAUGUAUAUCUGUAAACUUGUGAAAAUAAUCAGAUGCUCUUUUUA